AUGUCUGGGUCUAAAGGGGUCUGGGGUGCACCUCCUGGUAACAAUAAUCGUCAGUUAUAUUCACUAGAUGCUGGAAGCAGCGGCAGCGGUGUUAGUGCCAGUAGUGCUCAGCGACACAGUAUUCUCGAUCCACAUGACUCAGUUAUGGAUUUAUUGAACGGACAGCAAAGCUGUGCAUUCGAUUCCAGGCUGAUCCAAAAUCAAGAUUUAAUCGAUAGGAAGGGUAAAAGUAACAAUAUUGAUCAUAAUGAUAUUAAUACUCACACUCAUAGUAAAGGACUCACAGAUUCAUGGCAGGCCAUUGAUCGGGAUGAAUAUUCUUUUUUAAAUGCUGGAAAUCAUAAUAACUAUCAUAAUACCUCAAAUGGCGACUUCAAUCAACAAUUUGGCGGGGUGUUAUCAUCUGACACUUCUGAAGAAGAGGUUGAAAUUAAUGCUGCUCCUUCGCCUAAUUUGAGUGCUUCUCAGCAGCACAACCAAUUUCUAGCCUAUCCUUUAUCAUCAACAGGUUUUGGUGAUCAGGGAAAUAGUGAAACUACAGUCCAUCAGUUUUCUGACGGUGAUCCAGUUAAAUCGACUAAAACUGGUCAAUUUUCAAAAGCAGAACUAGGUGCUGGCACUGGCGAAGAUGAGACGAUAAUGGUCAAUUUGGGCCAUUCUUGGGCGGGCAGCUUUUUUGUUAUGCCGAAAUUGUCCUUAUCGGAGUCUAUGAAAAGAUUCAAGAUUUUAAUUUUGAGCGAUGGAGACUCAGCUAACUCUUUCUAUAACCGUCUAUCUCGGUAUCACCGACUAAUGUUUGACGUCGGAAAACUCAACGAAGCUUCAAAAGAGGAAGCAUUGAAAUAUACUGCUUUCAUGAUAAUCUUUUCAGAUUCAAAGAAAGUGACUACAAUCCUAAAUAGAAUGUGGAAGAAAUACGGAGAUUUCACUUUGAUUCCAAUAUGUCAAAAGGGUCAGAAGCAAAGCGUCACGGAAAAGGUCAAAACAUUUGCUAACUCUAACAAAAUAAAAUUGAUGUCGUACCCUGUGGUAAUAUCCGAUCAUUACGAGAUACACGGGUUGUUGCGGCAUUUGCACUCUCUAUACGUUGAAGUAGAUUCUGACUAUGAGACGGAUAUACCUAAAAAAACUAAACCAAGAAAAGGUGCAAAAAAGAAGCCGGCCCCUCAUCUUGCAAAAAGAUGGUGGUUUUGGCCAAUAUCUAUAGCGCUUGGCGUUGGGAUUGGGUGUUGCGUCACCUUUUAUUUCAGCAAGUUCGAGACUUCCUCGUAUAAUUCAUCAGUUGGGGUUAUUCAGACAGCAGAUAAGGAGAUCGAUGCUAUUGUUGACGCUAUAGAAGGAAAUUCACCGUCAAUACUUGAGGAAAGCUCUCCGCAGUCAAUUUCUGAUUUCUUGGGUCAAGUGUGCAAAUUAGUUAAGGAUACUGCUAUCCAGAUCAAUGAAUUAUUAAAGCAGUUUCUUUCGGCUCAUUUAAUGACGUCUGCUUGGAUUCAAUCCAUUGGUAAAGAAUUCAUGCAACCUGACUCGCAGAGUACCAUUUCAAAAGUCACUGCUUUGGAUUUAGUGAUGUUUUGA